AUGUGGACCUUGCAGCAGGAGGCCGGAACGGGGCAAUCAGUGUGCCUAUACGGGGGAGCUGGAGAAGAAGCGGGCAACACAAACGUACCUCAGUUACUCCCCGAGACAGGCGAUCAUGCUGGCUUAUCCUCCCUUUCGCCAACCACGACACAUUCUGGAACACCCGUUGAACCUUCACGGUCAACGCAAUGCCAGGAUCCGUUUAUUCAUCACUCUCAGGGCGUGGUCACCCGGAAUACUCCUGGAGGGAAUGACGACCGCGGCAGUAUGAGAGAUGGUGUCAACGCUAUGAUGGGUGCAGUUGAAGAAGGGCGUGCAAGCCAAGGCUUUUUCGGGAGCUCCAGUGCCGCUGGCUUUAUGCGUCAAAUCAAAACAGCAGUCGACAGAAGAGUAUCAUCUCCAGACAGACGACCUUCGGCUCCCGACAUUGCUCUUCAUUCGAGCCUCUUGACAGGCCAGCGCAAUGAACGAACUCUGUCAGCAGCACCUGACUACGUUCUGCCUCCUCGCAGGAUGGCUGAUAGAUUGAUGGAGGUGUACUGGGACUAUGUGUUCCCUCUUUAUCCAUUUGUGGAUAGUGUUCACAUGAAGAUGGAGUACACCAAAAUAUGGCAGGGAGACCCCUUACAUUACGACGAGAAUAUGGUGAUGUGCACGUUCAACGUUAUAUUUGCGUUGGCAAGUAAAUUAGCCGAUUUCAUCGCACCCGAAGAGCGCGAGACAUCCGCCGACGCGUACUUUUCGCGCGCAAAAGGACUCUUGCAGUUCAAUCUCUGGGACACAGGCUCUGCUGGACUGAUUCAAUGUCUUCUGCUGAUGGCUCAGUACCUACAGAGCACUGAUUAUUCACAUCAAUGUUGGAUCUGCACGGGGCUUUCCAUUCGCAAUGCCCAAAGUUUAGGCAUUCACCUCCCUCAAACGAUUGCAAAUCUUCGUACACCUAGCGAGCGACAACUGGCUCGAAAGAUCUGGCAUGGCUGUGUAUUGAUGGACCGCGUCAUAUCUAUGACCUUUGGACGACCAGCUAUGAUAUCAAAAGUUUCCAGUUGCGCUGUUCCACUCCCAAUCACGGUGGACGAUGAGUUUAUCUCCACCUCUAGCCUUGCCGAGCCGACUCAACCUGUAGAGCGACCGUCCAUGAUGGCAUUCUACGCGAAGACUUUGGAACUGUACGAGAUAAUGAACGACGUUCUCCUCAGUCUAUAUAAACCAGUUCCAGACGAAAGUGCGGAUGACAUACACGAUUUCUACUUCAAUAAUUCUGCUGGAGAAGGCGAAAGAACAAUAUUCGAAUUAGAUCGCUCUCUUACGCGAUGGACAAGAAGCCUUCCAGUGCAUCUGCGUGGGGACUCGUCUAUCAGUGGACAAGCUAAUCCCAUAUUCUUUCGCCAGGGGAUAGUCUUACAUGCAAGUGCAAAGUACUGUGCCGCACGAGAUAAUCUCACAACACACUCGAUGAUCUCCAUCAAUGAUUCAUUUCCUCGCAGGGUUGCCUUGCAGUGCUCCGUCAUUUGUGUCAAAGUGGCCCAAGAAUCAAUUGAGCUUAUUUAUACACACGUCCCUUCCGACGGCACUGGUGGUCCUCUCCCCGCAUGGUGGUACAACAUACUAUACAUAUACACCGCUGCCACUGUUUUGAUCGCUGGCAGGUUGUCCCCGGCAAUACUGGCCGAGAUUUCAGAGCCAUCCAUCACUCGCUCAUGGGACUGCGCUCUCGAGAUUCUUCGCAAAUAUCAAAGCUACAGCACGUCUGCUCGGCGCUGCGUGGCAGCGCUCGAAAUCCUCUAUGAACAGGUGGUCUCAGAGGGACAGCCCCCGACGGACACUGCUUCUGGGCAAGAUCUUGCCUCCAGCGUUGCCAAUACUAUGAACGAAAUUCCCUUCGCAGAGGGAAUCCAUGCGGCUAUGAUGGAUGGGUUUGAGUUCCCGGAUUUCCAAGAUAUGUCAUGGUUAAACAGCGUUCCGAGUAAUCUUUUCUAG